AUGUCCAACAGCAUGAAGUCUACGGUAGAACCUACCAAGACUGGGAAGCGUAAAGGUACUAGAAGCGUAUCUACUCUUACUCCCUCACAACUUGCUCGAAAGCGUGCCAACGACCGAGAGGCCCAGAGGGCUAUCCGAGCACGAACGAAAGAACAUAUCGAAAAUCUUGAGAAGGAAAUAGAGGAACUUCGCAGCCAACAAGGCCGAGACCAGACCAUUCAGACUUUACUUCGGAAAAAUAAAACAUUGGAAGACGAACUCCGUCGUAUUAGAGAUGGCAUGGGGAUACGUACCGCUGACGCCGGCGAGCAAUAUCAACCUAUGUUCCAUGGCUCCAGCCCCCCCAAUUCUCAUGUUUUUGGACAGUCUGCGCCCAACUAUCCAUUGAUGCAGAAUAUGACAUAUGGCAACAUACCCGAUGCGACUGAUCCGUGGCCCACGACUGUGCCAUGCUCCCUCUCAUCUACCGCAUCUAGCCCCUCUUCAUCCGCCGCCACAGAUGAGUUUGGGGGCAAUUACCUCGCUACUAGCGCCCCAUCUACGGUUUUUGAUCGGUCUAGUAUGCCAAGGACUGCGCGUUCUCCGACUAUGCCUACUCUUUCAUGUGUUAGCAGCGAUGGCGCAUUUGAGGAUGUGAAACCCGAGUUCGGAUGCCCUCAAAUCGGUAUGGUGCCUAUCAACCCGACCUAUCAAAUGCAGCCAUGGAGUAUGUAUCCCAUGCAACAAUACCAGCCGGCGCCAACUCCAAUAACCCACGGCCACCAGAUGUCACAGAUUGCGAGGUGUCAAUUUUAA